AUGGCUCGACUGAGCUUCCUCCUCCUGGGCGCUCUGUCCGCGCUCGGCAGCUUCGCCAACGCCAGCUCCGCCGUUAAGGACCUGAUCCCCACGAACUUCGAUGAUGUUGUCCUGAAGUCCGGCAAGCCUGCCCUCGUUGAAUUCUUCGCUCCCUGGUGCGGUCACUGCAAGACUCUCGCUCCCGUCUACGAGGAGCUUGGUGCUCUUUUCGCUUUCGCCGAGGACAAGGUUACUGUUGCUAAGGUUGAUGCCGAUGAGAACCGUGAGCUUGGAAAGCGCUUCGGUGUUCAGGGUUUCCCUACACUAAAGUGGUUCGAUGGUAAGAGCGACAAGCCGGAGGAGUACAAGGGUGGUCGUGACUUGGAGAGCUUGUCUGCCUGGAUUACCGAUAAGACUGGAAUUAAGCCUCGUGGAGCUCAGAAGGAAGCUAGCAAGGUUGAGUUCCUGAAUGAUGCUUCUUUCAAGACUGUUGUUGGAAGUGACAAGAAUGUUCUGGUUGCUUUUACUGCUCCUUGGUGUGGACACUGCAAGACCCUCGCUCCUAUCUGGGAGACCCUCGCCAAUGACUUCGCCCUCGAAUCCAACGUCGUUAUCGCCAAGGUUGACGCCGAGGCUGAGAACUCCCGUGCCUUGACCAAGGAGCAGGGUGUCAAGGGCUACCCUACCAUCAAGUUCUUCCCCGCCGGCUCCACCGAGCCCGAGGCUUACUCCGGUGCCCGCUCCGAGGAGGCUUUCGUCGAGUUUGUGAACACCAAGGCUGGUACUCACCGCUCUGUUGGCGGCGCUCUUGACACCAAGGCCGGUACCAUCGCUACUUUGGACAAGCUGGUCGGCGAGUACGUGCCUACUGCUAAGUUCGACAAGCUGGCUGCUGAGCUUAAGAAGGCUACCAAGGGUCUGCAGGACAAGUACGCUGAGUACUACGUCAAGGUUGCUACCAAGCUGAGCGAGAACCAGGAGUAUGCUUCUAAGGAGCUGGCUCGUCUGAUUAAGCUUGUGAGCAAGGGUGGCUCUGCACCUGAGAAGCUGGAUGACAUUGUUUCUCGCAGCAACAUUCUGCGCCGCUUCGCUGGCGAGGGCGAGGAGAAGAAGGAUGAGCUGUAA